CACAAUGAUAUGUUUUGCCGUCUGAGUCUUUGCCUAUAAAAGCAAAUGCCGGUUAGGGCGCGCUUUUUAGUCUACUUCAAGAUAGUCGCCAACAUGAAGACGAUUUGCGUGCUCCUGCUCGUUACCCUCCUGGCCAUGGCAUAUGCUACCCCUGCACCUGUGCCAUCGCCUAAGCCCGCCGGAAAUGAUCCCACCGUGAGUGUGCUGCGCUACAGAAAUGAUCAGGAGCUGGAGGCCAUUCAGCGGGCCAUCAUUGCUCAGUACGAGCAAGUCGGGGGUACAACCCAGGUCCACGCUCCCCGUGUUGCACACAUUGUUAAUCCCUCCAACUUAAGAAUCAACAUUUAAUGCUCUCCGAAAAUAAAUUUGAUUCUGUUAAUGAUUGCAA